GCUGUCACAAGAUUCAAAUAGUCAAGAAGAUGCUGAGCCAUUAGAUCCAACAGAUGAUGACUUAAAUGAUUCAUAUGAUGAAAUAUUAGUGGAAGAUGGAAGCGAAUUGCUUGAAGAUUUGGAAGAAAUUAAUAGUGAAGACAUAGAUAGUGAUGAAGCAGAAAACGAUAGAUAA